CGCACUCCCUGGAACUCUGCUGUGGGGAAAACUAAAAGAGUCUUGGAUCGCUGUCAGCAGCAGUGUUUGGAGACGAGUGUUUAAAGGUUUUACUUUUGGACUGUUCGGUUUGAGUCCAGGAGGCCAAAAUGGAAAUGCACAUGGGAGAGGCUCCAGGUUCGGUGAAGGUCACAGAGUGGCAGCAGUCGUACUACGGCACAGAUUCAGGCAUCCAUUCAGGAGCCACUACUGUUCGCUCAGAUGAUGAUGGAACAGAGUACAGCUCUAAGAAAUUCACCUACACCACCACAUUCACAGAGAACCCUGCAGAGGUGGAGUCUCAGUUAAACAUGACUCGUGCUCAGCGUGUGAGGGCGGCCAUGUUUCCUGAGACUGUGAUGGAGGGAUCGGUCAUUCAUUCUACACAGAUCGAUCCAUCCCAGCAGACCAAUGUACAGAAGCUGGCCGAACCAUCUCAGCAGCUCAAAGCUGCCAUCGUUCACCUCAUCAACUACCAGGACGACGCUGAACUCGCCACACGCGCCAUCCCAGAGCUCACCAAACUCCUCAACGAUGAAGACCAGUUGGUUGUGAACAAAGCCGCUAUGAUCGUGAACCAACUGACCCGCAAGGAGGCAUCCCGCCGGGCUCUUAUGCAGUCCCCGCAGAUGGUGGCCGCUGUAGUGAGAGCCAUGCAGAACACGACCGACAUGGAGACGACCCGCGCCACAGCCAGCAUCCUGCACAACCUCUCGCACCAGCGUGAAGGACUGCUCGCCAUCUUCAAAUCAGGCGGCAUUCCAGCUCUGGUGCGCAUGCUGAGCUCUCCGAUGGACUCUGUACUUUUCUACGCCAUCACCACCCUGCACAACCUGCUUUUGCACCAAGAGGGAGCCAAGAUGGCGGUGCGUCUGGCUGAUGGUCUCCAGAGGAUGGUUCCCCUGCUGAAGAAAAGCAACCCCAAAUUCCUGGCCAUCACCACAGACUGCUUGCAGCUGCUGUCCUAUGGCAACCAGGAGAGCAAGCUGAUUAUCCUGGCUAAUGGUGGUCCUGAGGGUCUUGUCAACAUCAUGAGGACUUACAACUAUGAGAAGCUGCUGUGGACCACCAGUCGUGUGCUGAAAGUGCUCUCUGUCUGUCCAAGCAACAAGCCUGCCAUCGUAGAUGCUGGUGGAAUGCAAGCUCUUGGUAAACAUCUGUCCGGCUCAAGUCAGCGUCUGAUGCAAAACUGCUUGUGGACUUUGAGAAACUUGUCAGAUGCUGCAACCAAACAGGACGGUAUGGAGAAUCUUCUUCAAGUCUUGGUCGGUCUGCUGUCUGCUGAUGACAUCAACAUGCUGACCUGUGCCACAGGCGUCCUGUCCAAUCUCACCUGCAACAACACACGCAACAAAACGCAGGUAACCCAGAGUAAUGGCGUGGAGGCUCUCAUUCACACCAUCCUGAGGGCCAGUUCAAAACAGGACGUGAUCGAGCCAGCCGUCUGCGCUCUGCGCCACCUCACCAGCCGGCACCCAGAGGCUGAGACUGCACAGAACGCCGUACGAAUGCAUUACGGCAUCCCUGCUAUUGUCAAACUGCUCAAUCAACCCUACCACUGGCCAGUUGUCAAGGCUGUGGUUGGUCUGAUCCGUAACCUGGCCCUGUGUCCAGCCAAUCAGGCUCCUUUGAGGGACGCUGACGCCAUUCCCAAACUGGUCACUUUGCUUUCAAAAGCUCAUCAGGAUGCACAGAAACCUGGUUCAUCUGCUCAACGAUCAUACCAGGAUGGGGUAAGAAUGGAGGAGAUUGUUGAGGGCUGCACUGGUGCUCUUCAUAUCAUGGCCAGAGAUCCUAUGAACAGAGGCACCAUUGCCAGCAUGGACACCAUUCCUCUGUUUGUUCAGCUGUUGUAUUCUCCACUGGAUAACGUCAAGCGUGUGGCAGCUGGUGUUCUGUGUGAACUGGCUCUUGAUAAACAGUCGGCUGAGAUCAUCGAUGCGGAAGGAGCCAGUGCUCCUCUCAUGGAGCUCCUUCACUCCAGCAACGAAGGGAUCGCCACCUAUGCUGCUGCUGUUCUCUACAGAACUGCUGAGGACAAAAACCCAGACUAUAAGAAAAGAGUUUCAGUAGAACUCACACACUCACUCUUCAAACACGACCCUGAGGCUUGGGAAAUGGCACACAACACUGUGAUGGAUCCCGUCCUUGGCGAUGAAGAGCUUGAUGGCUACGGUCCUGCAGGAUACGGUGGAUAUGCUGAUGGCAUGCAUAUGGAUCCUCUAGAUCCAGAAAUGCAAGACGAUUAUAGGGGCGGCAUGCCCUACAACUCCAUGGCCAGAGUCUACCAUGAUUACUAACAGCCUGACGGUCAACUGACCUCCACUGGAAGAGGAUUAUCAAAAACACAAGAGACCUAAUCUUCUGGCAAAGUGUUUUGUUUUGUUUUCCAUUGCUGGGUGCCUGUGGUCCAUUUCUCAGUAAACACACACACACACACACACUGACACUGUUGUAAUAUAUGCAAUUCUCACUUCUGGGGAAGGCAGAAGCCUUGAGCGCAUCUUUACCCUGCCUUUAUUAUACAAGGAUUGACAGCAUGUUGUAUUUUACACGUCUUUUUGUAGAGAAUGUUCUAUUUUAGUGUUUUCUUAUGGGUGCAUUAAUACUUUGUUGGUGAGAGGACUGGUUAACUAUGCCAAAGAGAUUUUAUUAUGAUAUUUUAUAUCGAUAAUCACGUUGCUUUUUUAUAGUUUUAAGAUUUUGGAGAAAAUCAAUCAACAAUUUAGACUUGGAAGUCAGCUUUAUAGCUUCAUUCACUGUGUUUUUAGGUGAGAAUAGCUGAUCUGAAAUCAGCUGUAUAUGAGUGGAAAUGUCUGGCGUGUUGAUUUCUUGAGCGCUUACAUCUCAAUACAGUCCAUCUCCAUAUUUGUUCCUUCACUGAGACUGGAUUUCUGAUGUGUGAGAUUGUUUCCCGCCCUUUUUCUUCACUCCAUUAUAUUUGUUUUGCUGCAACUGUCUUAAUGUAUAGACAAGAAAAUACUGAUUUUAGUCUUGCGACGCAGUUUGUGUGGAGAUUUUUUUAUUAUUUACGUGAAUAAAUGCCGUGCUGAUUAAAAGGGACUAAUGUGUAACUAAAACCUUAAAAGUCAUGAAUGCUAGCUUUACAGUUGUUUUAAUAUUAACUCAUAGGAGGCGAGUUGAACAGACAAAGGGAUCCUUUGUAGCAUUUUUACUUCACACUUUGUCCAAAAAAAUAAAUAAAACCAUGCUACCUAA